AUGGCUGAGGAGUCUCCCUCCUCCUCGUCUUGUUCUUCUGCUGCCCCCCAACCCCUGAGGAGUAAGAACCUGCUCAUCUCCCCCGUGGCUGCCGGCCAUCAUGCCAAUGGGCUCACCAAAGCCUCCCCCGUCUCCAGCUUUGCCAACAGCAAGCCUGGAUCCGCCAAGAAAUUAGUCAUCAAGAACUUCAAAGAUAAACCAAAAUUGCCUGAAAAUUACACCGAUGAAACCUGGCAAAAACUGAAAGAAGCUGUUGAAGCCAUUCAAAAUAGCACUUCAAUAAAAUACAACUUGGAGGAAUUAUAUCAGGCUGUUGAGAACCUUUGCUCUUAUAAGAUCUCUGCAAACCUCUACAAACAAUUGCGACAGAUUUGUGAGGACCACAUUAAAGCACAAAUUCACCAAUUCAGAGAAUAUUCAUUGGAUAGUGUUCUUUUCCUAAAGAAAAUAGAUAAGUGCUGGCAGGAUCAUUGCAGACAAAUGAUCAUGAUCAGAGGCAUCUUUCUGUUCCUGGAUCGAACCUACGUCCUUCAGAACUCAAUGUUGCCAUCUAUUUGGGACAUGGGCCUUGAGUUGUUUAGAACCCACAUAAUUAGUGAUCAGAAAGUUCAGAACAAGACAAUUGAUGGUAUUCUACUGCUAAUCGAGAGAGAAAGAAAUGGGGAAGCCAUUGAUAGAAGUUUGUUACGAAGUCUACUAAGUAUGCUGUCUGACCUGCAGAUUUAUCAAGAAUCAUUUGAACACAGAUUCUUGGAAGAAACAAACCGUUUGUAUGCAGCAGAAGGUCAAAGACUUAUGCAAGAAAGAGAGGUUCCAGAAUAUCUCCAUCAUGUUAACAAGCGCUUAGAAGAAGAGGCAGAUCGUGUCAUUACAUAUUUAGAUCAAAGCACACAAAAACCAUUAAUUGCCACUGUUGAAAAGCAGCUUCUCGGAGAACAUCUAACAACAACGCUACAGAAAGGUUUGAAUCAUCUUUUGGAUGAAAACAGAAUACAGGACCUCUCCUUGUUGUACCAGUUGUUCAGUAGAGUCCGAGGUGGUGUGCAAGUUCUUCUACAGCACUGGAUUGAGUACAUCAAGGCUUUUGGCAGCACGAUUGUGAUUAAUCCAGAAAAGGAUAAGACUAUGGUACAAGAAUUGCUUGACUUCAAAGACAAAGUUGACCACGUGAUAGAUGUUUGUUUCAUGAAAAAUGAGAAGUUUGUGAAUGCCAUGAAAGAAGCCUUUGAAACUUUCAUUAACAAGCGACCAAACAAACCAGCUGAGCUUAUAGCAAAGUAUGUUGAUUCAAAACUGCGAACUGGAAACAAAGAAGCUACAGAUGAAGAGCUUGAAAAAAUGUUGGAUAAAAUCAUGAUCAUAUUUAGGUUCAUUUAUGGAAAAGAUGUCUUUGAAGCUUUCUACAAAAAAAGACUUGGCCAAAAGGCUUUUAGUUGGGAAAAGUGCUUCUGUAGAUGCUGAAAAAUCAAUGCUUUCUAAACUAAAGCAUGAAUGUGGAUCUGCCUUUACCAGCAAGCUUGAGGGGAUGUUUAAAGACAUGGAGCUCUCAAAAGACAUUAUGGUUCACUUUAAACAGUACAUGCAGAAUCAGAAUGUUCCUGGCAACAUUGAAUUAACUGUGAAUAUCCUUACAAUGGGUUACUGGCCAACAUAUGUGCCUAUGGAAGUUCACCUACCUCCUGAGAUGGUGAAGCUUCAGGAGAUUUUCAAGACAUUUUACCUUGGAAAACACAGUGGCAGAAAACUACAAUGGCAGUCAACUCUGGGCCAGUGUGUCUUGAAGGCAGAGUUUAAUGAGGGUAAAAAAGAAUUACAGGUCUCGCUCUUCCAAACCCUUGUAUUGCUUAUGUUCAAUGAGGGAGAAGAAUUCAGCUUUGAAGAAAUUAGACAAGCAACUGGCAUUGAGGAUAGUGAAUUAAGGAGAACGCUCCAAUCAUUGGCUUGUGGAAGAGCCAGAGUCCUUGCUAAGAAUCCAAGGAGUAAAGAUGUAGAUGAUGGUGACAAGUUUACUUUCAAUGAUGAUUUCAAGCAUCAGCUCUUCAGAAUAAGGAUUAAUCAGAUUCAGAUGAAGGAAACGGUGGAAGAACAAACCAGCACUACAGAGCGAGUAUUUCAAGACCGGCAAUACCAAAUUGAUGCAGCAAUUGUUAGAAUCAUGAAGAUGAGGAAAACACUUGGCCACAAUCUCUUGGUGUCAGAGGUGUACAACCAGCUUAAAUUUCCAGUAAAGCCUGCAGAUCUCAAGAAAAGAGUAGAGUCAUUAAUAGAAAGGGACUACAUGGAAAGAGACAAGGAGAACCCAAACCAGUACAAUUACGUUGCCUAA